CUCUUCCGGGUUUCCACGUGGUGUGUCCUAGAGGCUGCCGGGCCGCUACUCCCUUCCCCUCCCCCGGGAGCCAUGGCCGGCACCGAAGGCCAGGUGCCGCCAGAUGUGCAGGAAUUCCUCCUGGGCCACCCCGGGCUGCAAUUGUGCCCUGGCGGGGCCAAGGUAAGGUGCAGACUGACGGGCCAUGAAUUGCCCAGCCGACUUUCAGACCUCCAGGCCUACACUAGUGGUAAGAAGUAUCAGCGACUGAUGCGCACCACUGAGACCUUUGACUAUGAAGACUUUGAGCCACACAUCGUUCCCAGCACCAAGAAUCCGUACCAAAUGUUCUGCAAACUCACCCUUCGGCAUAUCAACAGGCUUCCAGAGCACAUCCUACGUCAUGUCCAGGGCCAGCGCUACCAAAAGGCUCUGCACAAAUAUGAAGAGUGUCAGAAGCAGGGUGUGGAGUAUGUUCCUGCCUGUUUGCUGCAAAAGAGAAGGAGACGGGAAAAUUUGAUUGAUGGUGACCAGCAGCCCCGAAAAAAGGAGGGUUUCUGGAAGCCUGAGUCCAGUGAUGAAGAAAACCACAGUGAUGACAGCAUGAGUGACUUAUACCCACCUGAGCUGUUCACAGAAAAGAAUCCAGGUGAGAAUGGAGAUGUCACAAGAAACUACUUGACAGACACUGAAGACAACAAUACACAGCUUUCGAGAGAGAAUGGCAUUUCGAGUGGAGGAGAGAAGAUGGAGGUGGACAGACCAACAUGCACUAGGAGGACCAAGAAAUCGGCUUCAGUGAAGAAGCUCAAGAAUCACCACCGAAAACCCAAGCGCUUCAAAAGAGGAACAGAAACAAAAUAAUUUUUUGCAUAAUUGAAAUAAUAAAAUUGAUGAAGAAA